AUGGUUAAUUCCCGUUGGAUGCGCUGCUCAAGUACUUUACAAAGUUUUCGUUUUUUAAACGAGUCUUUAAUGAGCUCAAAAAUGAAACAAAUAGAAAAAAACAGAAUUAGGAAUUUUUUGGAUAAAAGUGUCUUUGAAUACAAAAAUUUGUAUAAGGGAGUUCGAAAAUCAUUUUUUCAUACAUCAAGAAAAAUAUUGGCCAUGAAAGAUCCAUAUGCUACACUUCAUAUAAAUAGAGAUGCUAGUAUUUCUGAUAUAAAGAAGGCAUAUUUUAAGUUAGCAAAACAAUAUCAUCCAGAUACAAACAAGGAAAAAGGUGCACAAGAAAAGUUUCUUGAAAUUCAGCAGGCAUAUGAGAUUUUAAGUGAUCCAAAAAAACGAAGUAAAUAUGACCAAUACGGUUCAUCGGCUUUUGAAAGUUCAAAAUUUGGUGCAGAAGGGCCUACUGAUUUUGAGGAUUUUGGAAAUUUUAGUAAUAUGAGGGGAUUUCCGUUUGAUGAUUUGUUUGGUGCAUUUGGUUUUGGAGGAAAAACAGGCACACGUAGUAAUGUUAAUGAAGUAUUAGUAGGCAAUGAUAUUGAGGUUCAAACGAGUAUUUCAUUUAUGGAAGCAGCGAAAGGUGGAACAAAAUCAAUUCAUAUAAAUCCCUUAGUAAUAUGUAAAACAUGCUCCGGAAGUGGGCUAAAAUCAGGACAAAAGCGCAGUGCUUGCCAACGUUGUGGAGGUACAGGUACUAGAGUGCAUAUUAUGCAAGGAGGGUUUCAGGUUGCUAGUACUUGUGAAUAUUGCAAAGGUGUUGGUGUUACUAUUUUGCCGGGAUCAGAAUGUUGGAAUUGUCAUGGAGAUGGUGUAAUUAAAGAAAAGAAGGUUAUUAAUUUGGAUAUUCCUGCUGGAAUUGAAGAUGGUAUGCGUAUGCGACUUGCAGGAGAAGGAAAUGCACCUCAGACAGCAACCUCUGGAGCAAGAAUUCGAAAUGGGGAUUUGCAUGUCCGUAUUCGUGUUAUGUCGCAUCCAUUGUUUCGAAGGAAGGGUUCAGAUAUUUUUCAUACAGUAACCAUACCUAUGACUACAGCUGCAUUAGGUGGUACGAUUAAAGUUCCUACAUUGGACGAUGAUGUUGAACUAAAAAUUCCUUCUGGAACAGCGACCGGUGAUGUUAUCGUAAUGAAUGGAAAAGGUAUAGAACGUUUGUAUAGUAAUGGUAUAAAAGGAGAUAUAAAAUAUGAUUUCAAAGUAACUAUACCAAAAAUAUUAUCGCCCUAUGAGCGUACAUUACUUGAACAACUUGCACUAUCAAUGGGAGAUCAUACGGCAAAAAAAGAUAUUCCACUAAAUCAAGCACCUGAUUCUAAUAAAAAAUCUCAAGAUGGUUUUUUAAAAAGGACAUUUCGGAGAUUACAAUACUCAAAUGAUUCUUGA